UUUCUAGGGAAUUCUAACGUCAUAAGUUCACGCACCAGUCUUGGAUCUUUCUGACUUGCUGUUCUGUUGAUUAAGAUUAAUAUUCAUUAUGCUGGUUCAAAUGGGCCAAAACUGAUGUGUGAUACAUGAAGAGCCAUUUAUUUUAGAAUAUUCUAUGCUGGUUAACUGCUGCUAUCUAACUUCUUCUAAUCUUAAUAAGCAUUAUGAGUAAAACUAGACAAAAACGUGUUUCAAGACAGAACAGGACUUUCAUAAGAGAUCAGUGAUGCAAGGGCAGGAUCAGGGAAGUAUGCCAGCUGGCUCUGUCAAUUCCUAGCAGAGAAACCUUUAACUCACUGCUUCUUCGAGAUUUUUUUCUUAAGAUUCUGCCUUUCCCCUGUUCUCACUCGCUAUAUAUGAGUGUUGGCUGUGAUGGACUCGAUGUGGGUUAGCUACUGAAGCUGAAACCAGAAAAGACUGAAGUGGUGAUAUAGUUGACAACAGAAACGAAGACAGUGGAGAGCGGAUGAGAUCGAAGGAGUGACUGGGUUGGUUCCCACAACUUCCUGUACCCAAGGUUUAUUGCCAGAUCGCAGUGGAGAUGAAUGGAGAACAGCAUGAGACAGAUCCAGGAUCUGGUAUGGAAGAAGCUGAAUUCAAUUGGGAUGAGUAUUUAGAAGAUACAGGAUGCACGGCAGCACCCCAUAGCUCAUUUAAACAUGUGGACACUAGCCUACAAAAUGGUUUUGCACCAGGCAUGAAAUUGGAGGUUGCUGUCAAACCUGACCCUGAUACAUACUGGAUUGCCACCAUCAUUACCACUUGUGGACAGUUACUACUACUGCGAUAUGAUGGUUAUGGAGAGGACCGUAAGGCUGACUUCUGGUGUGACAUCAUGACAGCUAACUUGCACCCAAUUGGUUGGUGUGAACAGAACAAGAAGACCCUGAAAGUGCCUGAAGGCAUCAAAGAUAAAAUUUCUAACCAGGAGGAAUUUAUUCAGCAGACUCUGAAGGGAGCAUGUAGUGCCCCUGCCAAUCUUCUAGAAGGACUCCAUAGGGGGAAGAAUCCUUUGGAUCUCAUUGCGCCUGGUUCAAGACUAGAAUGUCAGCACUUGCAGAAUUCCCUAGGAGCUUGGAUAGUCAACGUUGUGGAAAACAUUGGUGGGAGGCUCAGACUGCGUUAUGAAGGACUUGGAGAUUUAGAUCAGUAUGACUUGUGGAUGUUCUACUUGGAUCCCUUUCUCCAUGCAGUGGGUUGGGCAACUCAACACGGAUACAUCCUAGAACCUCCAUUAGCUAUUAGGCACUUGAAAACUGAGGCAGAAUGGCAAGAGAUCCUAGCAAAAAUAAAAGAAGAAGAGGAAGAAUCUUUAGUGCCCACUGAUCUAUUUAAGGACAAGCCUGUUGUUAGAAUUCACUCAUUCUCUGUGAAUAUGAAGUUAGAAGCUGUUGAUCCAAAAGCUCCUUUUGCUAUCUCACCUGCUACAGUUUCAAAGGUGUUCAGUGAUCAAUAUUUCAUGAUAGAAAUAGAUGACCUGCGACCAGAAUAUACCACAAGCCGGUCUUAUGUCUGUCAUGUCAACAGUGCUGGUAUUUUUCCUGUGCAGUGGAGUCUAAAGAAUGGCUUGCAUCUCAGCCCUCCUCCUGGUUAUCCUGGACAAGACUUUGACUGGGCAGACUAUCUCAAGCAGUGUGGAGCUGAAGCUGCUCCCCAGAGCUGUUUCCCAUUGCUAAGUUAUGACCAUGGGUUUAAGGAGAAUAUGAAACUUGAGGCUGUGAACCCAGAAGAGCCAGAAGAAAUUUGUGUUGCUACUAUUACAAAGGUGAAAGAUUCCUGUCUCUGGCUACAGCUAGAAAGCUCUAAAAUGCCAGUCCCCGAAUGCAUAGUGAGUGUAGAAUCCAUGAAUAUAUUUCCAGUGGGUUGGUGUGAAACUAAUGGAUACCAGCUCAGACCUCCUCGCAGAGCAGUAGUGAACAAGGAGAAGAAAAUUGCAGUGGUCCAACCAGAAAAACAAAUAUUAUCUUCAAGGGCUGUUCAUGAAGGACUCAAGAGCCAGGAACUGAACUCAGGUGACACAAUUGUAACUAAUGGCAAAUACUGCUGUCCAAAGAUCUACUUCAAUCACCGCUGCUUCUCAGGGCCGUACCUUAACAAAGGUAGAAUUGCAGAACUGCCACAGUCUGUAGGACCUGGGAACUGUGUCCUUGUUCUUAAAGAGGUGCUCUCUUUGUUGAUCAAUGCCGCCUAUAAACCCAGCCGUGUUCUUAGAGAAAUACAACUGGAUGAAGAAGCUGCAUGGCAUGGAUACGGAGAGACCCUGAAAGCCAAGUAUAAAGGGAAGAGUUACCGUGCCACAGUGGAAGUUGUAAGAACAGCUGAUCGGGUGGCAGAGUUCUGUAGGCAGACUUGUAUUAAACUGGAAUGUUGUCCAAAUCUCUUUGGACCCCAAAUGGUGCUUGACAAAUGUUCAGAGAACUGCUCUAUUUUGACAAAAACCAAAUACACCCACUAUUAUGGAAAACGGAGAAACAAAAGGAUUGGCCGGCCACCAGGUAUCCACAGCAACAUAGAGGCAAGCAUGAAGAAGGCCAGCAAGAAGAGAAAGAAACGAAAAAACUUCUUUGUUCAUAAGAAGAAACGAUCUUCUACCUCUGUAGAUAAUACACCAGCUGGAUCACCGCAAGGCAGUGGGGGUGAAGAGGAGGAUGACCAGGAUGAGGUAGAUGAAGAGUCAUUAACAGAAGACAGUGCCUCUGAGCAUCAGGACGAACUGCUUGAAGAGUCUGAAGUAUCAGAGAAGAAAUCACUGUCUUCAUCCCCCACGCAAAGUGAGCGAUCUCAUCUUGGGGCUCAGGACCGGGACAAACGGAAAAGAAAACUACGUACUUUUUCAUUCUCAGAUGAUGAAAAUAAACCACCUUCACCAAAGGAAAUAAAGAUUGAAGUUGGUGAAAAGCUACAGCUGGACAGCAACCCUCUGGAAUGGAGUGUAGCUGAUGUUGUACGGUUUCUCAGAUCCACAGACUGUGCCCCAUUAGCUAGAAUAUUUCUGGAUCAGGAAAUAGAUGGGCAAGCACUUCUGCUGCUUACCCUUCCCACUGUUCAGGAGUGCAUGGACUUGAAACUUGGCCCAGCCAUUAAACUCUGCCAUCACAUUGAAAGGGUCAAAUUUGCCUUCUACCAGCAGUUUGCUAACUGAAGAGGAGAGGGCAGCUAGUUGAAACCGAAUUUUCAAAGCACAACUGCCGUGUCUUGCUCUUCCUUCAGCAGGGAAAGCCAAGAAGGGUCAGAUGGAAACUGCUUAUAAACUGGCAUUUGCAGUCUUGCACUUUGAAGGAAGGAAAAAGAUACUUGGAGCAAAAUAUGAAUGCAGUCCUAGCUAUCUUCAUAGCUGUCUGUCAGCUUUGGAAUGUAGUAGUUGCUCAUUCUGUACGUCAGGACCUUUUUUAAUGAAUAAAAGUGGCUGAAAUAUCUCCUCGGGGAGAAAUAUUCAUUCUGGUCUGAAAAGGACAUACUACAAGCAUGUGAAAGGGAAUGCUGAUUGAUGGAAAUCUCCCUUUUUCUUUUUCUCAUAAUAUGCAGAAUUACCCCCAUUUUCUUUGUCUUAAAAAGAUAAUUAAAUGUAUUAAAUAAGCUCAUUAUCAAGAUAAGCAGUGUGGCCACAAGCUUGAAAAUGAAGGUGCAGCCCAUUUGUUUUGCUAUUUUUAUUUUGGAGCUUGCUUUCUACCUCUGCAAACUGAAAGAGCUAUUUGGGGGUGGGGGGAUAUUUGGGGAUGGUUGUAUUUGGCUAUGCAACAAUUGCUUUUCUGCAGUCAGAAUAGGGAUGUCAGAUCUUUCCCUGUCAGAGGCUUUGCGCCUUUAACCUGAUAGUUACACGUUCAGCAGCUAUAGCUUUCUUUUCCUAUAAUGGAGAUGUAAUGACAGUGAAGAUUAGACCUAUUGGAAUUUCUCCCUGUCAUGCUGCUGAUGAAGACAGAAACAAACAUUAGCAUAGCUCAGCUUUAUAAUCUUUUUUCCCUUUUUAAUUGAAAGCUGCACAAAAAUAUUGACACUUUAAUAAUAAUUUUCUGUUUGAAAAGAUUUUAGUAAAAUAUUGCAUGUUGCUUUUGAAAUGAAAAUGAAAUAGACAUGAAAUGAAAUAGAAAUUAAGUUUUUUCCUCUACUUGUUUCGAAAAUUGGCCUUGCAUCUGUAAAGGAAGGAUCAAUAGAAAUGUAGAUCUCAUACCAAUUCUCAAAUAUUAAGAGUUUUUCCAGAUAAUUGUAAUUGUUUUAUACAAGCAUGGGUGGAAUAUCAUCUUCCCUCUUCUAGCAAGGUGUAUAGCAGAACAUUAAUUGUGCUGUCCUUUGUUGCACAGAUCAUGCAGUAUAUAUGACUGUGUGUACACUUUAAGAGAUGGUAAUUCAUGGUUCUCCACAUGACAUGUGGCUUAACUCAGCUGUGUUCAACUUAAUGUGUUAGCUUCUACUUAUCUAUAGAGCAGCUUUCCACUAGUGCAACAAUUCAUUGUUGCCAAUGCUGCCGAAGAACUUUAGGUUUUCAUUUUUGCAGUCCGGAUCCUAGCAUACACCAAAUGGCUUCUGCUUUUUCCCUACCCUUGGUUAUCCCUUCUGCCCAUUAUAUGUGUAUGUUGAAUUUGAAAUGUAUUUGUUCACUUCAGUCUGUGGAUAUUUUGGCAUUCAUGGGCUUAAACUCGCUGUUGUCUUCCUGGAGAGUCACAUCCCAGGGCAUACAAGAUUGCUUCGGUUUAGGAAGGUGUAUGGUAUCUUGAAGGAAAUUUCUUCAAGCUAAAUGAGACCAUAGUGUGGCUAUAGAGAGUGAAUUCCUCAGAGAUGUCAUACUUCAGGUUUCAACCAAAGUAGAUUUAGUACAUGAAAAGCUGUGUAAUUAACUUAUGGGCUGAGUUUGCAACUGCAUUUAUAUAUUGGAAUCAUUACUGCUCAGCUAGUCAGUUUGUUUAUGAGAAAUGCAAUUGUGUAUAUGAGUGCAACUGCCUCUAUCUGGCACUGGGGGGAAAAUCAGUCUUUUUUUCAUCAUCAAACCUCAGUAUAUAUUUCAGUCUGUUCUAUGGGCAAAAUAUGGGCAGCUGUUGGAUACCUUCUGAAUAAUAAUCCAAAAAUAAAUCAUAACAACUUUUUCUGUACAAACUUUUAUCUGUAAGAUUUUCAGGAUUUUUAAAGUAAAACUUUCAUACUCCAUGCAUUUUGCUGUAAAUAUGUCAUUUGUUUCUGAUACCAGUAGAAUUGGUGCUGGUUAUCUGGGAUAUAUUUAUAGGCUGAUAUUUCUGCCCUGCUUUAGCAAUUUGGUCCCAGUGGGAUCCAUUUAGAGGGGUUCAAAAAGAGAGUUGCUUUCCAUUGUUUGUUUUGACAAAGUCAUUUCUAUGCAACACACAGGUACUUGUAUAUUUCAUUUCUUGAGGCAAUUCAAGCAUGAAUUUUGUAGGCUAGCGUUUUAAAUGGUUUGACGCAAUCUACAAAGCAUUCACUUCCUAAAGAGUUCUGGAAUAUUCUCUGACUUCAGUAAAAUGUAACUUCAUCUAUAAACCCUUCAUCUCUUUCCAUUUACUGCCCAAAUCUAUUCAAUUGGAAUCUUAUCUGACUUAGUACUGAUAUUCAAGAGGAUGAUUAAAUUCAAAAGGCUCUUGUGCUAUUGUAGUGGAGUCUGCAAAGCUAGAUAACAUUGUAUUAUUAUUUUUUUAUUAUGCCAAUGGCUUUCUUGCCAGGAGAAAGUGCACGCACCCCAUUGGCUUUAAGUUCUGCAUUAUACCUUCUUCAAAGCAGAAGGUAAACAAUGUUCGUGUCUCUGGGGGCUAGUUACUACAAAAAGACUACAUGAAACUAAGUUCUUAGGUACUCCUCUAAGUAGAGGCACAGACAGUGAUUGGCUUUUUGAGGCAAAGGUUUAUAGAAUUAAUGGAGCUAGAAAAAUAUUAACAUUGACAGAUUUUUAUACACAAUCUUGUGUUUCAUGUUACACUCUGUUGAACUGGCACAGCUGUCAAACAUGAGAUAAUUCCAGUCUAAACCUCCUGUGGGGAGAGACACUUCUAUAAAGCUAGAGAUUUGGGGAAUAAGGUGAGAAGCCAGUGACACAUACCACUUGUAUCGAGAUCGGAAGGAGAAUGCUUAUAGGGAGAGAAUUUGACAUAUGUGCCUGUCAUGCAACUUACAAUCCUAUUAUAAUAGGCCCUUAUUAGUUCCAGUUCCCGCAAUGCUUUAUUAGUCAAUUACUAAAUCUAUAGCAAUAUAACAACGUUCUGAAUCAAGCACACUUUUUUCAUAUGAUGUGUGGAGAUUUCUUAUAUAUUACUAGCCAAAACCAUAUCAGGUCUAAGGGGCUGGAUUGUACAUAUGGAGUAGAAAAUUUUGCAGAUAUGCCAAUUAUGAAAUUUAAACUGGAUAGGCAACAUCUUUGCCUCUUUUUUUUUUUUUGUAUUGAAUGAAUAUUGUGAAGUUUUAUGAAUUUCACACAUUGCCAAAAGUCAUUCUAUCAGAGAACAAAAUUCAAUGUUUAAAUCAAGCUCUUUCAUUCAGCUUUGUCUAAGUGUAUUAUGUACUGUAAAAGUCUUCAAAAUACCCAAAAUUUGCUAAGCACAAAAGAAUUGGCUUUGCCUGAAAACCUCAUGAGUAUAAGCUUGCUUGCAUACUGAAAACUUGUGUUGGUAUUAAACUUUCCCAUAAUCAGUCAUAUAUGACCUUGCUUUUGAAGGUAGCCUUAUGCAUAAAAGGUUAGAGUGGAUUUUAAGUGUACAAUGAAAGUUUCAAAACCUCUUUAUAGAAAGCACUGGUAUUCACUAUGAGUGCAGCAAUUUCACUCCCUGAAGACUGGAUUUGUAGCAGAUAGGUUGUAUAGAAAAUACCACUAAUGUAAAUUGCUUUUAAUGUCCUAUUUUAAAACAAGCAAAACUGGAGAUAGACUAAAAAUACAAUGGCUAUUCCAUAUUAGUUAUAUGCUUACCACAAUCCUUUCACUACAGCCUACCAGAUUAGAAAAUAAAAUUGCUCAGAAGAAUACAACCAAACACCUACAGUAAGGGGCUCAGCAUUAAACCAUGGAGUUUAAAAAGUUGCCACCUUUCAACUCAAAAGUAGAUGCAAAAGUUCCCCUGGCUUGUCUUGUCAAGCUUUUAAGGCUGUGUUGAGAACUAGAAUUACCAGACAGUUGGAACUGGGUAGGAGCGAUUUGAUUUUGUGGAGAACAUAUUCCUUUUAGAUGCAACCCAGAGAAAUCUCAUAGGCAAGGACUUCUAUGUAUCUUUUGAGACUUCAUGCUUUGUCAGUUUAUCUGGCUGCUACUCAAUUCUGUCCUCACCCAGCACACACAGAUUAUGUUUCCAUCUUCCUCUGAAUUCUUUCUGUUAAUGUUUAUAGACAAUCAAAAAUCUCUUGGAAGAGCCUCCUAGGGCAGGUACUGCCGGCAUAUAUGUAGAUCUGUUUGUUGUAAUAGUUUGUUGGACAUGCACUUUCCCUGCUUUGUUCUCUUAAAGAAAAAAAUUUUUAAAGGUGUAUAUUGUGUUGUCCCUCCAGCUUGCUGUGUGUUUUUCUCUUGAUUUUAAUUAAUAUAUGUGUGUGUGUGUGUGUGUGUGUGUGUGAGUGUGAGUGUGUGUGCGUGCGCGUGUUAAUUGAGGGUAAAAUGGAAAAAUAUGCACAUGAAAAUAUGCCUAUUGAAGUUCUUCCUUUGCUGAAAAGCUGUAUCAGUUAAAGGAUUUUAAAAUACUUUAGAUGGAUUAUUUUGCUUGUUUUUUUCUGUAAACGAAUGUACAUAAUUUUGUGGUACUUCAUGACCGUUUUAAGUGGUUGUAAGAAAAUUAAAAAACUUAAAUUGG